AUGCAUGAGUCGGAUGCACUGCCACUGGCAAGAGGCCAACUGACAUUCGCUGCGACAUUCAUCCUGGGAAUGCAAUCAUAUAAAACGAGUGGUGUUUCACUAAAAUCAACACAUUUCACCAAGUCAUUCAUGUUGGAAGAAGCGAAAAGAAGAUCUUUUUAUUCAGGUAAUUUUUAUUUCUGCGGCUGGCUAUAUAUUGCAUGGACAACAUUUUCUGGGUGCAUAUAUAUUCUUUUCUUGUAACUGAGUGCUGUUAUAGCAAGAAAGUGAUAAUGCUCAAUGCAAAAUAUUGUACCGAAUUUGUAAAUUCUAGUUUGCACUGAUAAAGGAUCGUGAAUUACGACUGAAAACGUGCAUGCUUUAUAUUGUUCUAACCUUUCAUGAAAAAGUAGUUGCACGUCAUAUAUAUAUUUCCUGGUGAUGCAGACAGAAAUUUUAUGUUAUAUUUGACGAUUUAUUUGAAUACUAUAUUACAAAGCGAGAAUGCAGGAAUUCACUGAGAUAGUCAAUUUUGUGCAGUCGAUCUCUUUAAUGUGUGCAGCACCAACCAUGCUUGUCUGCUAAACGAUCUUGUGCAUGGUUUAGUUUUUCGAAGAGUACCUUUUUUAGAGUUUGUCAGUGGGGGUGGGGAAAGGGGCCAGCAAGACACCUAUAACUAGACGGUGGUAGGCUGAAAAAGUGGGAACUGGUGGGGUAUAUCUGGGGUGGUACAUCCCCAGAAAAUGUUUGUAUCUAUAAGCCUCGAUCUGCAUGGGGCUUGUUUUGCAUGCAUCGUUCAUCCCCUUGGUAGGCAAAGGUUUGAUCAUGUGAUGGGAAUACUAAAGCACUACAUAUAUAUAUAUACAUUUUAACUAAAUUAUUCGUCCAUUUUUGGCUUAUAUUUAGACCGAAAGGCCCUUAAUUCACUGGAGGAGGGCGUAAUAUAGUUUACUGCGGGAAAAAAUUAGACGUGCCCCCCAGUUCAUAUAGUACAUGGUUCAAGACCAUGCUAUGCUAGCUAUAUUAUGGAUUAUUUUGCAAUAUUAUACCAUGCAAUCAGUUUAAUAAGUUCUUUACGAGAAUUUACUUUUUUUGCCUAGAUAAAAAAUUAGUCUAACAUGCAAGUUGUCUAUUUAUAAAUAAUACACCAUGUUAUUCUGUCAUAUUGACAUUUUCUGUUGCAUAUACUAUAAGUAAAGCUAGCAACACUUAAAAUACCUACGAUUUCAAGGAGUUCAUUGUACACAACAUACGGUAGUUUGCUGUAGAAUUUUUUCUCCAUGCAGUGGGUGAAAUAUUGCUAUAUUUUUCCUGUAGAUAUGUGGAUUUUAUUACUACUUGCAGUGCCUUGCUUGGCAGUUUUGCCUACCGACCCACCACCGGAGAGAUGUUUUGCUGAAGCUGCCACGAAAUAUAUAACUUGUCAACCCGUCUUUGGAAGACCAGCUGCUUGCUACUGCACAGGCAAAGAACCGGCGUGUUAUAUUAAAAUGAUUCUUUCUAAGAUUCAGAUUAAGACUAAAACUAAGAUUAAGACAUUGUUUUUAAUUAACGGGUCGUAUCCAGGUCCAACCAUAAUCAUACGGCAUCGAGGGAUUGUGGCCAUUGAUGUUUAUAAUACUAUGAAUGAAGACACUUCUAUACAUUUUCAUGGAAUGCGUCAAAAGAAUGUUCCAUGGAUUGAUGGAGUGGGAAAUAUCACACAGUAUCCUGUACAAGCUUAUGGCAAAUUUAGGUAA